CGUCGCAGUGUCUGCCGUCGGGUCCGGAGCCGGAGAGCGUUUGAGGGGUCAGCCAGGAAGGGAGUUUCUUCUCCUUCUCAAUUGCCCGCUCUCGGGCGACGCCGGCUCUGCCUUCCCUCGCCCCACUGCCGUGCUCCCCCGGCCCGGCUCCGGGUGUCAGCUUUUCCUGGCCCCCUCGGGGAGUUGGGGCCUGGAGGUUCGAAGGUAGCGGCCGUUGCCCGGCGCCGGAGUGAGAGGCGCACCCCUCUUGAGCCCUGCCAACUCCGCCACCGGCCCGCACCUCCAUGGGCCCAAGCCAGAAGCCCAACGUGUGCCGCAGGCUGAGUCGCCGGGCGCUGGGCUUCUUCUCUCGGGACGCGGGCGUGGUGCAGAGGACGAACCUGGGUAUCUUGCGGGCGCUGGUGUGCCAGGAAAGUACUAAGUUCAAGAAUGUUUGGACAACUCAUUCCAAGUCACCAAUAGCCUAUGAGAGAGGAAGAAUAUAUUUUGACAACUAUCGGUGCUGUGUCAGCAGUGUUGCAUCAGAGCCAAGAAAACUUUAUGAAAUGCCAAAAUGUUCCAAAUCAGAAAAAAUAGAGGAUGCUUUAUUAUGGGAAUGCCCAGUGGGAGAAAUGCUUCCCAAUACAUCAGAUUAUAAAUCCUCACUCAUAGCACUGACUGCUCAUAAUUGGCUACUUCGUAUAUCAGCAACUACAGGAAAAGUCCUUGAGAAAAUAUAUCUUGCUUCAUAUUGCAAAUUCAGAUACUUGAGCUGGGACACUCCUCAAGAAGUCAUUGCAGUCAAGUCAGCUCAGAACAAAGGCUCAGCAUUGGCCCAGCAGGCAGGCAUUCAGCAGCCUGUUUUGCUGUACCUUGCAGUGUUCCAUGUGCUACCUUUUUCACUCAUAGGGAUUCUGGAGAUCAACAAAAAGAUUUUCGGGAGCGUAACAGAUGCCACCUUGUCUCAUGGAAUACUGAUUGUGAUGUACAGCUCGGGACUGGUCAGACUUUAUAGCUUCCAAGCCAUCACUGAACAGUUCAUGCAACAGAAACUUGACUUAGGGUGUGCAUGCAGAUGGGGUGGGACUACUGGAACUGUAGGAGAGGCUCCUUUUGGCAUUCCUUGUAAUAUUAAAGUCACAGAUACACCACCACUGCUCUUUGAGGUGUCCUCCCUGGAGAAUGCUUUUCAGAUUGGAGGCCAUCCUUGGCACUACAUCAUCACACCUAAUAAGAAGAAACAAAAAGGAGUUUUCCAUAUUUGUGCCCUAAAGGACAAUUCCUUGGCAAAAAACGGGGUCCAAGAAAUGGAGUGUUGUUCUCUAGAAUCUGACUGGAUCUAUUUCCAUCCUGAUGCUUCUGGUAGAAUAAUACAUGUUGGCCCAAAUCAGGUCAAAGUUUUAAAGCUAAGUGAAGUAGAAAAUAAUAGUGCCCAGCAUCAGAUCUCUGAAGAUUUUGUCAUUUUGGCCAACAGGGAGAAGAACAAAAAUGAAAACUUACCCACUGUUACAGCUUCUGGACGGGUGGUAAAAAAAAGCUUUAACCUUCUGGAUGAUGACCCAGAACAAGAGACUUUCAAAAUUGUGGACUAUGAAGAUGAGUUGGAUUUGCUUUCUGUGGUAGCUGUUACUCAAAUAGAUGCUGAAGGAAAAGCUCACCUGGAUUUCCACUGUAAUGAAUAUGGAACUUUACUUAAAAGCAUUCCACUCGUGGAGUCAUGGGAUGUGACAUAUAGCCACGAAGUUUACUUUGACAGAGACUUGGUACUACACAUAGAACAAAAACCCAGCAGGGUCUUCAGCUGCUAUGUUUACCAGAUGGUAUGUGACCCUGGGGAAGAAGAAGAAACCACAAACAGAAGUUGUAAAAAAGAUUGCAAUAGUUUUAAAUUUUGAGAUGUAACUUCUGAGACUUCUAGCCAAACACCUCAGCAGCCGUGUCCAGUCCUCCUUUUUAUUAUCUGCAUAGCGUAUUCUCCAGUAUUUUCCAGAAAAGGUCUUGUGUUGACUUCAGAUCACUGUGACUUCUUUUUUAAACUCUUGCCAUACAAGGUGGUGAGGACUUCAUUUUAUGUAGAGAUUUUUUACAAUGACAUCCCAAGAAGUCUAGCAUUUUGCAGUUUUUAGGCGGGUGGUGAUGCAAAUAUAAAACAUUGAAGAACAGAGAAGGAGGUUAAUUCUAAUUAUUGGGAGAGGGUCAUUGAUGAGUAGGUGUUUAACGUGGUUGUUAAAGGAUGGCCUGGGAUUUUGAUUGGUAAAACUAAGGGGGAGAGAUAAAAAGAAAGAUACAAAAGAUACAGAAAGAAAUCAAGAAAUCCUGUAUCCGCUCACCCAAACUUUAAGGAUGGAAAAUGAGAUCUAUAAUAUGAAAGCAUACU